AAUUUCCUUACACUAUACCUGCUUGCCGGAGACAGUUAAGGCCGGAGACAGUUGGAGGUAGUAACAUACUGUAGUUAUCUGAAAGGGACCAUAUUCGUGUCGCCCUGGUUCUGGUGACACCAUUGUCACAUGAACGACCUUGCCAGAGGAAAAUGAAUCUUACGAAUGAGAGAGCGAGAAGAGCAGAGAGCAAGAAGAGAGUGACAAGUAAUUCCUAAUAAUGAGAGAGAGAGAAGAGAGACAAAUUGCAUGACCAUGGGACAGUAAAAGUUGGGGAGGGUUUUGAGAAGAGGAAGAGGAUCAAAUGUAUCUGAAGAAGGCUCUAUGGGCCGAGGGCCUGGAGCCAUCAACAACAAGUACAGUGGCAGGAGAUUUGGUGUGUUCACUGAAGAGGGAGAGAUUGAGGAGGGAGGUAACCCUAUCCCUACGCACCGGAUUGAGAGAAGCACAGGCUCACUUCUCAUUCUUAAGGGUAAGGGGGCUUCGCAAUCUGUUGAAGUUCCUCGCAUCUGUUUCCGAGUCCGAACCCAUGAUCCAGCUCUUCCAGGACAGCCAGACCUAUCGAGACCUCCAAGUGGUUCCAGUUCUUUUUCAGCAUACAUUAAUACCUUCAAAGGGUGAUGUGGUGUACAAUUUGGAUCACAUAUACAAUGUCGAACCUCUUCAGAUAACUAGUCCUGCAAUAGACUGUGAAGUUGCUCUUGCUCUUAGAGUCUUAGAAGGUUGCUGUCUUCUUCACAAGGAGGGCCGGACUUUGGCUCAUCAGCAUAAAGCAAUGAAGGUGCUGAUUAGGAUUCUAUCCACUGGAGGACAACUUGAGCGUGCUGCAUGCUUGGAUGCAAUAAUCUCUAUUAUGCUGGACUCUCCUGCUAAUAUGAUGGACUAUGAAGCAUACUCUGGUACUGAGAAAGUUGCAGAACUUAUAAAAGACAAGCAGUUGGAAGAUAAUAUAAGGUUAAAAUGUGGAGAGUUUUUGCUGCUUUUAGUGGGGCAUGUAUUGCCAUCAGCAAAUAGAAAUGCAGUCAACAAAGAUAGUCCAAAUGUGUGGCAAAAGGCUCCAUUGGCAUCCACACAAGAAGACCUAAGAUACCUUCUUGGGGAGGAGUGUGCCUCCCUCAUUUGGGCUGCAAGCCAGUUUGGAUCCUCACUUGACAAUGAGCAGAGGCAGUCAGCACUACACAUACACGCACGCAGAGUGCUGGACUCCUUAGAUUUGUACUAACAACUCAACUCAAUGCAUUCUUAGCAACAAGUUAUUUUGUGAUGAGAUUUAUCACCUGCAAAGAAGAUAUGAACCCGAUUUCUGACCCCUAUCCAGCUGCAAAGUGUUGAUAGAAGAGUCAGAGAGUGCAGAUUUAUCCCUGACAAAUACAAAAUCCGCCUUCCUCUGUUUGUUGGUGAGAUCUACCCCCUGCAAAGAAUACACGAACCAGAGUUGGAGAGUGCAGAUUUAUCCUUGACAAAUACAAAAUCAGCCUUCCUCUGUUUGUUCGUGAGAUCUAUCUCCUGCAAAGAAUACAUGAACGAGAACUGAACUCUUCCCAGCUGCGAAGUGUUGAAAAAUUGCAGAUCACCAUGCCUAUCGAUCAAAGAGCUUAUUAAGAUGUAGUGGCAUAGUGGUGCUCUUUAAAUGAAUACCUAAAUUAAUAUUAGAUUCCAAAAUUUUCUACAGUUUUGCUCUUUCAGUGUGAGCUCUGUGGAUAACAUUUAUUAUUGUAUACUAAUCUUGGGCAUGCAAAUUAUAUUUUCUUAA